GCAUCAAUGUCGCUAUCUACUGCGCAGAGGACAGGAAGGAAUGGAGGAACGUCCUAACAAAAGUACUCCGUAAAGGUCACGACCCUCAGCACUGAAAAACACGACGCACGGAGGGGACUGACUUUAGGAAAAAAACCAGGUACCGCAAGCAUUAGCGCUUGAAAUCAUGAUUACGCAUAGUAAUAUUUAAUUUUAUUCGAUAAUUACGUAUGCUAUGCCAUACAGUUCAAAUUUCUGAUAGAAAAUGUAAGAUGAGCUAACUACAAGAGUGAUAGGAGCGUGUUCAGUGUUUUUGUGUGAUGGAAUAGUUUAUAUCUUCAAUUAUAUUUUGUUCUUGAUUUAGAAUCUUAUAUAUAAAAUUCACGUGUCACAAUGUUAGUUAAGUACCAUACUCUUUUGAAAUGGUUUGACCGAUUUUUAUAGGAUUUUAUAUGCAUGUUCAGUAGGUCUGAAAAUCGGCUACUAUCUAUUUUUCAUACCCCUAAGUGAUAAGGGUUGUCCACCACUAACAUAAUUUUUUUAUUUUUUGGACAGUUUUUUUUGUUUUAAAAAUGAUGCAUUAUGUGGUUGAAUGAGGUUUUGUUAUUUUUAUGUUCCCUCAUCGUUCACAGCUCUACAUGCCUCUUUCAUCCUUACACACUUACAAUAAGUUAGUUUUUUUUCUACAAUAGAAAUUCCCUAGAAAUCAUAUGGCAAAACGUUUGCUGGGUUAGCUAGUGGUUAUCUAAUUUUGUUUUAUAAUAGUUUUGCGGUAGGUAGCGGCUGGGCUCUGCCCCUGGCAUUGCUGACGUCCCUGAGCAACGGUAACCACUCACCAUCAGGUGUGCUGUAUGAACGUCUGCCUACAAGGGCAAUAAAAAAAGGUUGAAUAUAGCCUGGGAUCUCUGGGUCUACUAUUGGAUGCUCUUUUUGGCGUAUUUCUGUAUUCAAUACUACAGAUUACUAUAUAUUAAGUAGUCAGUUAACGGCUUCUUCCAGAUUAGAUUAUGGAACUGUGAAAAGUAUGGUGGGAAAAUAUUUUUUAUAAUUAUCGGUAAACCUGACUGGCACUAUCCAUGUAAUUUGUCAAAUAAAUAGAUAAUUCUAGAACAUCGGAGAACGAUUAUUAUAAUAUUAUUGUAUUAUAAUACAACAAUUAAUAGUAGGAAUGUCAGAUUAUGGUUUAAAUAGGGGUUUCUCUUAUUUUAGUAGCCGAAACAUUAGGUAUAUUAUGUUAGAGCGAAUAAACAAUUGCAUAUCUCAGUGUAUCGAUAUUAAUCUAAGAUCGUAGCACAGAUGUAGGGCGAUGUCAAGAUAUACCUAAUAAUCUGUUUUUAAAUUAUUCAUAGUUGAGGAGAUAGUGUGUUUGUUAGUCGAAAUUGCCCAUAGACCAGCAUUAAUUAUUCUUACCCUCCGUACAUGAAAUGUGGAAAAUCACCUCUCACAGUAAAAUUUCAAAUAUUAAUUUACUAAAAAAAACUUGAAAGCUAAUUAAGAAUUACCAAAAUGGCCACGCUGUCAGCGCCUCCUGGGGCGAGUCUGAUUAUAACAUUGACCAAGGUAAUUGUUCCAGUCUUUCCGGAGUUUCUGGUCGAGCGUCCGGCGAAAGAGUACAGGGGAGUUGUUUGUUAGGUGGGCCUUUAGCAUCUUUCGCCAAGCCUUGCCCAGGCCGGGACACUCAGCCGCCGAGACCAGUUUCGGGCCCCUGGCCUAAAAAAGGCAAUUUACAAAAGUCUAUAGGUAUUCUUAGUCUAUAUAUUUAUAGUUUUUUAGUAACACGGUCGCUGUGGCCUAAUGGGUACUAAGCUGUGCUUGUAUAGACUGAAGCGACGGUGCCGGGUUUUUUUGCCUAAUUAUUGUAAGGAACUUCCGAGGGGUUAUCCUAGAUUCACCGAACAUGUAGGCAAGCUCAUUGGGCUCAACCUGGUAGACUUUGUUAACAUCUACCCUAGCAAGACCAGUGCUUCGGUGAUCUGCCACCGCAUUGGAUUCGCAACCCACUGAGAGCGAAAUACUCAAUGGGCUAUGUCUGUGGGUUAAUUUUCAUGACGAACCGUUGUCGCAUUCGACGGGUUCGAAAAGAACGGUGAUGGGUGCUUGGAAUGCUUAAAAGCACACUAGUGUUAUUAGUGUACAUAUGACGCACUGUGAUUCCGCUCGGGUGGAUAUUGCAAUCCUAUCUAUUUUUGCCAGGAAGCAAUCGUUCGACUUCGACGCUGGUUUUAAGGUAGAUGAUUUUAAAAACGUGAUGAUUCGUGAUGGACGUACGCUAAUGAAUAAAAUGAAAAAUGUUGACCAUAAAUUAUGAUAGCAUAAAUGAUAUUUGGGUACUUACCUACCUAUUCGUUAUUUGUUUGAAAGGAAUAAAGGUGAUCCGACGGUUUUUUUUUCUUAAUAACUAUUUACAUAAUGACGAUAAAAAAAAAUUGCAGUUAGGAAUAAUAAUACAUAUUUUCAAAGAUUACGUGAUCUUAGAUCGGAGAAUGUACCUAAUUGUGCGGAUAGCGGAAGAAUCGACGGCCGCGAUUUCACUUUCGUUUGUAGGAAUCUACCUAACCAACGCUGAGUAAGAUGUAAAUGUAGAUUAAUGAUUUACGUUUUAAUAUAGGUAUUGAGAAUCAUAAAUUUAACACCAACAUUUAGGUUAAUGAAUCUUUAAAUGGGUACAUAUUCUUAUCUAAUAUAUACCUAAGGUAAUUUAAAAGAGUAAAUUCAGCAUAUUUUGUAAGGCAUUUUUUUUAUAUAGCUUAGAUGGGUGGACGAGCUCACAGCGCACCUGGUGUUAAGUGGUUGCUGGAGCCCAUAGACAUUUCGUAAUAUACAUAACAUAAAUGCGUCACCCACCUUGAGAUAUGUUCUAGUCUCAAGUAGGUACAAUGACUGCCCUACCCUUCGAACCGAAACGCAUUACUGCUUCACGGCAGAAAUAGGCACGGUGGUGGUACCUACCUGUGCGGCCUCACAAGAGGUCCUACCACCAGUAAAAGUUUAUUUAGGUAUUUCGUAAAUUAUGAACUUGAUACUUGGUGUCCUAGUUUUUUGCCAAAGUCGCGGUAAAGCUUUGAAGAAUGAUUGGCAAUCACCCGAUAAAAUCUUUUAAAUUUUAUGCAGCUUACAAUAUUUUUUUAGGUUUCAUAUGUGAUUUCAUGUGACCACUUCAUAGGUAAUUUCCGGGAAAAUAAUUUGUUAAAAAGUUGUCGUAUUUAAUAGGAUGCCGUGCAAUUUUUGAUUGUAUAACGUAAUCGUACCAUCAAUACCCAGAUAAGUUCUCAAUAUAUGAAACCACCCACCUAAGUUGUCAAAAUGGUUCAGUAAAGCUUUGUUUAGAUUUGAAAGUUCAGGUUUUCUGCUGAUCAUAUAAAAGCUGAAAAUAAACGCUAUAGGUGAUUCAGUAAUAUAGUUUUUGGAAUUAAGUGUUUUUGGAACAUAAUAAUAUAUUGAAAUUAAGUUUGUGUAGGUACACAGUUUCGGUAUUUCGGCUCAUCCCCCACGUUAUUGGUGGGGCGCUUCUUUAAGUGCUUACCAAGUGAGUUUUGCUUGAAGAGAAAGUAAAAUUGGUGGUGGUCGAAAAUACCAACGUCAGCGACACUCGGUAGACUCCGUGCGGCCGCGGCCGACACUCGGCCCGCAUUUCAUGGGCGGUUUGCGAAAUAAUGCCAUUGAAUUGCUCAGCCUGAAUUCGCCAGUGAACGUUCUGUCUGCGGAGAUGUCGCGCAAAUAAAUAGUGGCGCACGAAUAACAACAUCGCGCUUUCGACCCCACGACAAUGUGCCAAUGGAAAUUAGUGAUAAUAAACGUAUUUUUCAUUUUAACAAUCGACGCCAGGCAGAUAAAUUCACAGGACGCUGCUCUUGACAAUUAUGUACCCCCAAUUAACAGAACGCAGCGAUUUCUUUUCGAUGCCAUUUUCGGAUUGGAAGUGCCGAUUCUCGAAGAACAAAGCGUAGAAGACGACGAAGAUGACACUCAGGUCAAAAAGUGUACCUGUGAGUGCGGAAGGGCAAACCCACUACCUAGAAAGAUGGAGUGCGGUGGCGCCAACCAAGAGAACCGUAUCGUGGGUGGGAUGCCAGCCAGCUCAAACCGGUACCCGUGGAUGGCCAGAAUCGUUUACGACGGACAGUUCCACUGUGGAGCCUCAGUUCUCACCAAGGAAUACGUGUUAACAGCAGCGCAUUGUGUCAAGAAAUUAAAAAGAUCAAAGAUCCGGGUGAUCCUCGGAGAUCACGACCAGACGAUCACGUCCGAGAGUGCGGCCAUCAUGCGGGCGGUCUCUGCGAUUGUCCGCCACCGUAGCUUCGACACUGAAUCAUACAAUAACGAUAUAGCACUACUAAAGUUGAGAAAACCCGUGAAUUUCUCUAAAAUCAUCAAGCCCGUUUGUUUGCCCCCUCCAAGUAUUGACCCAGCUGGAAAAGAAGGUGUAGUGGUGGGAUGGGGGCGAACAUCCGAGGGGGGUCAAUUACCCGCAGUUGUACAGGAGGUUCGCGUGCCCAUUCUAUCACUGAAUCAGUGUCGAGGAUUGAAAUACCGUGCAUCUAAGAUCACUAACAACAUGCUGUGUGCGGGCAGGGCGUCAACCGAUUCUUGUCAAGGAGACAGCGGUGGGCCUUUGCUUCUUCAGCAAGGGGACAAGUAUCAAAUUGUUGGCAUAGUGUCAUGGGGAGUCGGUUGCGGUCGACCGGGAUACCCGGGAGUCUACACGAGGAUCACUCGAUACCUACCCUGGCUUAAAGCAAACCUUCGAGACACAUGUCUGUGUGAAACUUAGACAAAUUUAAUAAAUUACAAUAAAAUGUUAUUUACAGCAACAGUUGCGCUUCGUCUAGCAGAAGACAGUUGCCAUCGUCGCGAAUGAGUGUGACCAAUUUAGGGAAUAGCCGCAUUAUAAAUUAAACUUAAUUGCAGGUUAUGAUGGUAUGGGAUGGUAAAGAUAGUUAGUUAUCCAUGAGCCUCAUUUGAAGAAAAAUGUAUCGUAGUGCUCGAAAUACAGAUUAAAUUUGUUAUUUUCAUACUUUUGUGGAUUCAUAAUUUGCAAAUAAAAAAAAAGUUUUUUUUUGCAUUAUUUCUAAUUUUAUGGGACAUCAUGGUUUAUCUCUUCUGUGUGUUUUAUAUAAUAUUUUAUCUGGAUAUGUAUUGCAGUAAGCUUAUAAGGUUUCAAGAUGUUUCAAACUGAAAAUAUUGUCUUUUCUGUCAAUGAUCAUAAUCUUUUUUAUUCCAGUAAAUUAACACACAAUUUCAAAAUAUGUACGUAUCUAUUAUUAUAAUUUACUUCUGUUUCUGUGAUUUGUAGACAUAAUUACGGCUGCUUUUACAUUUAGAAUAAAACGCACAAUAUACGCGAAAGUAAAAAAAAAACUAAAAUAAACCGUAAAAGCAGCUAUAAGUGUGUAUGUAUGACUAGUAUUUGUAGUGGGAGAGUAUUAAUAAAUAUACUAUGAGUUUUAGACAGUAGCAAUUUUCUUUGCUGGCCAUAACUUUUAACAUAGCUAUGUUGAGUUUAGAAAUAAUUUUGUUUUGUUAUUCAUUCGUAACAGACUUUUGUAUAUAGUUUCUAGUAAUUUGUGUGUUAUCUUAUAUCGGAGAGUUUUAGUAGAAUUAUAUCAUGUGCUACGUUAAUUUAUCUAUUUAAGAGUGCUUUUUUAAUUUUUAUGUUUUGUUUAUUAUUGUUUUUUGUAUUUAAUUUUAACUGAAUUAUUGUCAGGCCGGUGGUGCAGAUUACCAUUAGAUUAUUACGUUACUACUUAAGUGUUCAAUGCGUUUUAAUUUUAAUCGUUUUAGUUCGCGAUUCGUGAAGUUCUUGCGAGUCGUAGGCGUGCUUUAGAACACUUUUACGUAUAAAUCUCCCCUUAACAGCCGAUUACGCCUCUGAUAUUAAAUAAGUAAAUAAUUGCAACCGCUGAAUAUGUACCAAACAAUAAUCUUGUCUGCUAGAUGGAUCGUUGGGGAACAAAACUUUGGUCAUUCAGGACAUCACUGAUUCGAAAAUAAUUAAAAAAAAACCAGAGAUCAAUCGUAAACGUGUUUUAAGCAUUAUUUUAAUCUAAUAUUAAAUAACUAAUAGGAUAUAUUUUUAAAACUUUUUAUUUAUUUACUUAUCGAAUAAUUACAUGUAACAUUCGCUAGUUUUGUCUUGUUAGAAAAAUGUAAUGCUUAAUCCAAUUUCGUUGCACAAAAGUUGUUUUGCUUCUUGAAAACCUCCAGUAGAAGAGAUAUUUAUUUAGAAAAAAUUUGAGUUUUUCCCGCACGAGUAAGUACCAUCUAUCCGCCUAUCGUUGGUCUAUGGCCGAUGAUGACUACUCACCGUCUGAUGGGUAUGUUUACCUUUUUAAGGAAACACAAAAUUCUGUGAACAGACGUAAUCAUUUGAUAUAUUUGGAACUACAACCUCAAAUUUUAUAUAAAAUUGUUAUUUUAAACCGAAACAGGAGGUUCAAUAAAAUACUUCCGCGGCUAAUGUCGUUAACGAUCUCAGAACACUACUUACAUAUAAUACAGAAGUUUUAACGCAUGUGUGCCUUUACUGGUGGUAGGACCUCUUGUGAGUCCGCACGGGUAGGUACCACCACCCCGCCUAUUUCUGCCGUGAAGCAGUAAUGCGUUUCGGUUUGAAGGGUGGGGCAGCCGUUGUAACUAUACUGAGACCUUAGAAUUUAUAUCUCAAGGUGUGUGGCGCAUUUACGUUGUAGAUGUCUAUGGGCUCUAGUGACCACUUAAUACCAGAUGGGCUGUGAGCUCGUCCACACAUCUGGGGUGGCCCACCUGAUGGUGAGUGGUUACCGUCGCCCAUGGACUUCAGCAAUGCCAGGGGCAGAGCCAAGCCGCUGCCUAAAAAGUAAUUUUUGUAGUUUGUUAUUGCAUAAUUGCAUAUAUGUUGGGUUCUUAGAAAUUUGUAUAGUAAUAGCAUUAUAGAUUAUGAAAAUAAUAGUGGGAGAUUAAUAGUGGGAGAAAAUUAACACACGGUCAUAGCUCCAAACUAGGAUUCACUGUGUUAUCGAUACUGGCUGAUAUAUAAUAUUUUUAUAACAAAAAUUGUUCGUCACACAUUUAUAUGUUUGCCUGAAGAGUGAAUCGAAUGCACGACCUUCAAUCCAGAUGUCAGAGAUCUUAACUACUUCGCCACUUAGUCGGUUAACGUACCGAUAGUGUUUAUUUAAAUAAUUAAAUAUCUAUUUAUAUAUAAUCAGCUUCGAUCCUACAUUAUCUUUCUUUGUCCAGAACUAAAAGACAAAAAAGCCACAAUCUUGAUUACGUUCAAAAAAAAAAGUAGGAAAAACUCAUAUGUGAUACGAAAUGGAAAUUUGGAUUAAUUAAUGUUACGGUAUUGUAUGGCCCUAAUAAAGAAUGAAAAAAAAAUAUUACGGUAAAUUUUUAUUUUAAAAUAAUAUUAACAGUGGAGGUUAUUGCUUUUUUUCGUUUUAUUCUUAAGUCGACCGCUCUAGGCUGCAUCUGUGAUCCCAUCACGUUUCAUGUACAUUAAUUAAAAAUAAUAUGUAAUUAAAUUGUUUAAUUUAUUUUGUUAUAAAGAAAUUGUUGUUUGGACACUAAUUAAAUCUUAGUUUUAUUUAAAAAAAAUCAUACAAGUUUUUUUUAAGGGCACAAAAAACUUUACUUUGUUUAUAAGCUGCCAGUUUGAUUGAGGUACCCGUAAAUGCUUUUUAAUAUGGAACCUUUUUACCUGUAUUUCAGUUUAGGUUUCGAUUUCGAAUAAGCAAAGUCGCGGUCAAGGGCCAAAUUCCUGUUCUCAAGGUCACAUAAAUCGAUAAGUCGUUGAUCGGAAUACGUAUAUAGCUUAAGACAUCGUGACAGAAUGCGGUAAAUAAAUGUUUACAGAUGAAGAGGAGAAAAAAUAUAUAUAUAAGUUCAAUGAACGAUUUAUUGCUUGGCGCUAUAAUUAUGACCAUUAACAGUUUUGAUGUAUUUAGUUGCUAUUUAUUGAAAAUUAAAACAAUCUAAUACAA